ACUCUCUCUCUCUCUUUUGCUUUUUCGGUUUCGCCCUUGGCUGGGACCCUACGUCUGAACACACAGCUGGGUCAUUAUUAAAUCUUCCUCAACCAGCAACUUCAACUUCCUUGUUCCCUUCAUUACCCUCGUAACGGCCUCGCACCCCUUUUCUCUUAAACCCCUUUUCCUUCCUUCAAGCUUCAACCUUUGCCCAUGGAGGACGCCGAGUUCGACAAGGAGAACACCCACUUGGACCCCGCCUUUGCCUUCCCCUCGGAGUUCCCCUACGAGUUCCACUCCGUCGGAACCGAACCGCUCGAGUCCGGUUCGACCGGGACCGAGAGCAGCGACGAGGAGGACUUCUUUGCCGGGUUGACUCGUCGACUCGGCCACACCUCGCUCAACGAGACAAGAAAGGAACAGCUCACUCUUCCCAUCUUCAACAGUGCCAGAACUGAGAGUCAGAAGAUGACCCGUGCCUUGGCCGGGUCGCCUCAGUCUAUACUGAGUGGAAUCGGAAGCUGGUCGGGUCGGAGCGGUGGCUCCGGCGAAGGGAGUCCCAACGGGUCCUCGCGUGUUCCCUCGCCAACGACGACGCCGUUUGAGGGUGGAAAUGACGCGUGGGAUGUGUUGUCCGCGGCUGCAGGGCAAGUUGCGAGGUUGAAGAUUAACGAGGCUACUUCGAAGAUGGAUUUUUACAAUAGAGGGGUGCUGGGUGGGCUUCCUCCACCCGUUGUUGCGGAGAAUGCGUUUUUCGUCAACCAGGGUGUUUCUCAGGUUCGUUAUCAGGUGAGGCCGGAGCAGGUGCAGUGUGGUGGUUCGGUUUGGGGGAGGCAAGGGAAGGCUAGUUGGGUGACCCAGCAGCAGCAUCCAUGUCCAGAAGUUCAGAAUAGAGUGCGUGAUUUGCGUGAGUUUGGGUAUGACUACGAAGGUUUGAAGUGUGCUCGUCCUUUGCCUCAUUCUGCAUGGCACCCUCUUCAAGUGAAGCACCAGAAUCACCAGGUUGCCAAUUUCGGAUCCGGGUCUCGACCCGGGUUGCAAACUGGAUCUGGUGUGAAAAGGGGCUGCGGUGGUACAGGGGUUUUCUUGCCUCGUCAGUAUGGGCCCCCUCCCCCUGAAUCUCGCAAGAAAACAAGCUGUGCUGCACCUGUUUUGGUCCCGGCUAAGGUUAUUCAUGCACUGAACCUGAACAUGGAUGACCUGAAUGCAGCUAGCCAACCACGUUUCUCUAGUGCUUUUGGCGUGGACUAUGAUGCUUUGAUAGCAAGGAGGAAUGCUCUUCUCUUGCAGCAGAAGUUAAGCUUGCGACGAGACGAGGCAGCAAACUAUGAAGUUCUUCGCCUGCCUCAGGAAUGGACGUACUAACUCCUCUGAUAAAUGUUCAAAGAAGAUUCAAUUGCUACAAGUUAAAAACCUUCAUGGAGAAAGAAAGCUAGUGAAAUUAGUAGGCUUGUGAUAGGGAAGUUGUUUUUUUUUUUUUAGUUUUUCUUUUAUUUAUAAUAUAAAGAUGAGAUUCAAGAAUGUGUUUGGGUAGUUUAGUGGCAAUAAAUCAUCCGGUUUUUUGUGAGA